AUGAGAUUGCCUUCGAGAUUUUCGGUCUUUCUGCUCGCUCUCGUUCUCCUCGCCGUCGUUGUAUCUGGAAUUGACGUCGAUAAACGCCAAAACACCCUCAAAGACUCUGGCCCAAAUCCAGACACGUCUUCAUCCUCAAACGAAUCAACUUCAACAAGCACAUCAACACGGUCGACGUCCAGAUCAGAGCCUUCUUCAACUACUCAACGGUCUACUUCUACUACACCUCCGUCUCCUACGCCUCCACCUGCUCCGUCAACUACUGCCCCACCACCAGCCAGCUCUACCCCCCCAUCUUCGACCCCAGAUGCGCCAGCCCCAAGUUCUACUCAGAAUACCCCGCCCCCUGGCACAACUGCUCCGAACAACCCUUCGCCAUCGCCUUCAAGGACUAUCGUUACGAUCACGGUGACCAGCAAUGACAAAACUACUAUCCAGACGAGCGAGAUAAUCAACCCUCCUCAGCAAACCACCGCCGCUCCCGGCUUGGGCAAGGAUAAAGACGGUUCUAGCAAUUCCGGUCUAAGUCAGAGUAACAAAAAUAUCAUCAUUGGUGUUGUGGUCGGUGUGGGAGGUGCUAUUCUUCUUGGAGCUCUUGCCGUCGUGGUCUACAGACUGCGCCGAAAGAGAAACUCCCGGACUGAGCCCGAUGAAGAUGAUCUGACUGGCACUGCCCUUGGUAAUAACAAUGAACCUUCGAUGACGAACAGCCCAUUUAAAUCCACCCUUGAUCAAUAUCACAAGCCGGGACCCGUAAACCCAGCUUCGAAUUUCUAG